AUGCCGUUCAGCGAAGAGGCCGAACGCAAGUCUUUCGUUCCGAUUUUAUCAACACUGGUGGCGGGUCCUGAGGCCACCGCCGCACAGGAGGAAUCAGCCACUCCGAAGACCUCAGCCACAAUUCCCAUCCAUGCGGACUUUGCCAUGGGUGGGAGGAUUAUCGCGCCUGAGUCGACGUUCAGUUGGAGCGUUGGUGCGGAAGACGUUGUCAGUAGCCGGAAGAAGCGAAAUGUCUAUGUGCACCUGCCGAUAACGACGAAUGGAAAGGCCAAGAUCCAUCUGGAUGAGCGUGAAGAUGCAGAGCUUAGUGAGGGCGAUGGGGCUUUUAUUUCAGGGGUGAAUACGGCGCGAUGUGUUGAACGUGGAGAGUAUUAG